GCAACUGGAAAGGAAAAGGUUUUAGAUUAAGGGUAAAUAUUAAACAUUGAAACGUGGUUGAUUCAGUUACCUGAAAGAUAUUAAUACAAAAAUUUUACAUCUCUAGCUUUCACUCCUGCCAGGAGGUAAUUAUUUAAUAAGGAUAGAAAAAGAGAAAGCCAGGGCCUGGUUCCUGAAAGGUUGAUUAGCGUUAAUCCAGGAUUAAAAUUUUGUUCUGUUUUUGUACUUUACAUUCCUAUGCAUUGCUUAGGGUAACAUUUUCUGUUAUCUUUACUGUAUCUCCUAGUAAAGGCUCAACAGUAUUUUGUAACCUCAAGUUGCAUGUUCUUAGACUAGAAAACCGUUUUUGAAAUUUAGCUUAAUCCUUGGUUAAACUUAACCAUCUUUCAUGGAACCGGGCCCAGAAAGAUAUUUUCCAGACUAGUAUUUGUUGUUUACAGGAUGACUAAGUUAAUACAGUCAAUUCUUAAUCAAUUCAAACAGACAUCUUUCCCAAUUAGGUACUCCCAGAAGAGGACACUUGACUGAAAAUUAAUGCUCCAACAUUCUUUAGACGUAGUCAAAUCUUUUCUUUACUGAUUUUGACAGUUUUGAUACAAUAACAGGUAUCUGUCUGAGCCAUCUUUCUCAAAACUAGUAAUGUCAUCAUAAGAAUAAUGUCAACAGCUGUCAAGAAAAAUAAUGACCGUAUCUUAUAAAGAAUUUAAUUGUCUUAAGUUUUUUGGCUACUAUGAACAUGAACCGUUCUUAACUUUUGCUGAAAAAAAAAGAAAGGAAAGUUGAACCAAAAAGAACUAAAUUGCUCCAAGAUGCUUUUCAAUUCUCCCCCUGAACUAUCUGCAUAUAUACCUGCCAACUUGAACACUUGGACACUUUUCAUUUGUCAGAACUGACUGGCGAGGCCAUUCCCAUCGCAAUGAGGAUCUCACUUUUAAUUAAAACUACCCAACCAGAUCAAUCAAAUCCUACAUACAAGUAGUAGUAUGCAAAGGAGAUGGGUUUUCAUCAAAAACUCUUGGAAAAAGCUUAUUUCAUUGUCAUAGUGACUGGUCUGGCCUUAAUUUGCCGAGCCAGUUCUGACUUUGGAAAGCACCCUUUUUUUAAUACAGCCCACUGACAUCACCUCUUCUAAGCUGAGACUCUUUUUAAGGUCAAGGGUGCAGUUCACUAAUAUGCAGAACCUUUACUGCAUGUAGUAUAAUUAUGUUUCUAUAACAAAUAUACAGUAUCUUUUUUUUCCCUUUAAUUUCAAUUUUAAAAGCUAGGGUGACAAGACCUUAGAUUAUUUUCCAAAAGUGUCAUUUUGUUAUUUUUUAAGGAUGAUGGCCAGGUUGAAGGUGAAGAUGACUUUUUUUCUCAAGAGUUUUUGGAUGAUGAAAAUGAUAGUUCAGAGGAAGGAAGUGAUGCAGUAAACACCAGUGACACUACACAAGGCAAUGUAUCUACCUGGAAAUCCAAACAAGAGUUUUUACGACAAAGGAAACAAACUUAUGAGGUUAAAGAUAGUGUUCUUUUUAUCCUAUCCACUAUAGAGAAUUCCAGUUUAGUCACAGUGUUGAUUGUUUAUGAUGGUGAAUAAGUUCCUUAAAAUUGUUUGUAAAUCUUGUUAAAAGUGACUUUUCUUUUUUACGAAAAAAUAGUGGAGAUAAGAGUGGCUUUCGAAAAAUAAAACAGAUUGAAAUUAAAAGUCAAGUUUGCAAUACUUUUUCUGGUCCAAAAUUUCAAUACUUUACCAUCAGGGAAGCAAGGUUAGUGUCAAGCUGCAAAUAAUGUUUUUGUAGUUUUGCUUCAUUUUGUUUGAUGGUAAUCCACUUGUCUGUUUGUUUGUUUUUUCUAUUUCAUCCAUGUACUUUCAAGAAGCUUCCUGAUGAACCAGGUCUACAGGAGAGAGGGGUAUGUUUUUUUAAAAAAAUUAUCUUUCAUUUCUUUUUAAAACAUUUAAUGCUAUAAUAUCGGUUGAUAUAAACCCAUUUAAAGGGGGAUUCAUAAAUCUGCAAUAUACAUUAAAUGUAUAUUGCAGAUUAGUGUAGCACCCAGCGGUUAGGUUAAAAAUCAAUGUCCCCCCACAUCGAAUGUGUUAGUCAUGGUGCCACCUUUUUUCUCUCAGUUUAAAUAAUUCAGUGCCCAUUCGACUUCUAUAUCCUGUACCAGUCCGAUGUGAAAUGCAGACUAGCCAUGUUGUAAAUACAACAAGUUAGGAUUACCAACAUCCUAGUUAAUUUUGUAAAUGUUAUUCAUUUAUGUUUAAGCUUUAUUUCACUUAUUUAUAUAUAUAUAUCUAGUUACUUAUUUAUUUAUUUAUCUAUUUAUUUGUAAUCUAUUAAUGACCACUGUACCUAUUAUCUCCGCCCGCCUCGACUAGCACCUGCUAUUUGCGGGCGGAAAUGGACUUUAUGUUAACGUAGAUUGUUAAUAAUAAUAAAGUGUGUGUGUAAGUGUGAGUGUGUGUGUGACAUUUGCAGUUUGUUUUUGCAACAGUAUAUUAAAUGAAUAUAAUUUGAUUUUUUGUGCCACCAUUUAUACAAGAAGUAAGUCUGAUCUUGGAACUGAAAAGAUAACAGCUUAAUUGAUUUGCUCUCUGAAAGAGAAUUCUACCAUGUGUAAGGAUGAAAUAACUUCAGGCUUUCCUCUGUGCACAGUAAUUCCACUGCUGACUCUUGUGGGAUAUAAAAGAACCCAUGCUGUUGUUUGAAAAGAAUAGAGAGGGAGAAGACCUCGACAGGUGUGGUUGACCAGGUUGAACGGGUGUACCCAAAACAUCUUAUUAGACGAAAAUUUUCUUUGCGCUCCACAAGCGUGGUUGGGGUUAGUGAAGGAAUGAAUUUAUUUAUUGAGUAAAUAAAAUUGUUUUUGAAUCAUUAGGUGAUAACUGUUGCCCUCCGAUGCCCUGAUGGAGCAGUUAAGAGACGGAGAUUUACAGUGGAGUCGCAAAUCAAGGUGAUGCUUACUAUACAUGCACAAUACACAAGCACAUAGAUGUUUUGGCUUCCUUGAAGGAAUUUAAUCAGCUGUUACACUUGCGCUUCUCGUAGUUAAUUACAUUGCGUUAUCCAUUUUUCUUAACCAUUCAUUUGUUUUAGCGACGGCCCAAACUGCAGGGCUUCUGAUAUUUCGCGGAAAAAAAGCAAAAUUUCGCGGGAUUUUCAGGGGCAAAUUCGCGGAAAAAUCGGCCGAAUUCGCGGGAAAAAAGUCAAAAUUCGCGGAACAAUCGGCCGAUUUCGGGCGAUUUUCGCGGAAGAAAAGUCAAAAUUCGCAGAAAAAUUGGCCCAUUUCGCAGGAUUUUAGCGGAAAAAAGUCAAUUUUCGAANUUUUUUGGCAAAUUUCGCUAAAAUCGAUCAAUUUUGCGUCGAUAUGACCAGCGUUGGUGAACGUUUUUUUUUAACAGGGAUAAUCAUUUGCUCUUUCAACAGUUCGCUCGAGAAAUGAGCGAAUUUUAAAGCUAUUAACAUUAUGGUUAGUGCCCAGUUUUUCGCAACGUUCAUCUAAAAACGCCUGGUAGUUUUGGGACGUUGGUUACUCGUUGCAGUGACGAAGGUUCAAGCUAAAUUUGGACGUUUGGGGUGAAUAAAACCGGUCUAAUAGCCAAGAUAAGUAUUAAAUAUGUUUUGCCGUCAUGUUUUUGGAAAUAUUUCUGGCGGAUUUCGCGGUAUUUCGCGUUUUUUUGGGAAUUUCGCGGGAUUUCGCGGAAAUACCUGAAUUUCGCGGGUCCGCGACCGCGCGAAAUAUCAGAAGCCCUGAAACUGUGGGAGUUCGUUAGACUUUGAACUUAUAAGAGGAUGUAUGAAAAUAUACAAAUUACGUACUAAAUUCCAUUUUUUUGACAAAAAAUAGAUAAAAAUGACUCACUUUGUGUUUUUGUUUUGUUAUUUUUUGAAAAAACAACAACAACAAAAAACAAAACAAAACAAAACAAAUACACCGCAAAUGGAAAAUAAGCUGUGACGGUAAAAACUGUGAAAGGCCUGUGACCUACGAUAAAAUUUUUUGAUUACUGACUAGAAUCCUCCUCUUUGAUAAGAUUACGAUUCAGUCUCUUCAUCAGCUUCGUUCUCAAAAAACCACAAGUUAAAAUUUGGAAGGUCGAAAAUUAAAGUCCAAGUCAUCUUUGGUUACAAACAUAUGAUAACUUUCUUUACCGCCAUGUUGUUCCUUUCUGUUGCUCUAAAUAAUUAUGGUAAGAACACUACAAAAAAUGACAAGAAAAAUUUGUUUUGACGUUUAGCAAAAGUUUGAUAUAUUUCGCGAGUUUCAUGAAGGAGUUGAAAGAAAGACAUCUUUCACGAACAACAGCUUCUUUGGUGUAUUUCGGGAAGGACGAAUAAGUAGGACGGUACGCAGAAAAAGAUGGAAGGCUAUUUUAAAACAUGGCUAUGAGCUACGGAGGGAUCUAGGGUAUUAAUAGGAACGUUCUAAAAAGCGGCCUUAUUAUCGCUUGCCUAGAGAUUAGAUAAGAAAUGAGUAGGCGAUUAAUUCUACACGAAAGAGGAGUUACUCACUAAAGGUUUUGCACUUCCUAUUGCACAUGUAGCACGCACAUUUAUGUUUUAAUUAUUUAUCAUUUUACCUAGUAAAAUUAGUAUUUGGUUCCUGUGUACCACGUAGCCGGCUACGUAGGAAAUUGGUCAAGUGGUAGGGUAUUCUGCAGUUCAGCCGUUUUCUGAAAGGAGACGACUAUAUUGUGUGCCUCCGGAGCAAGAAGAAAAAUAAGGCCGCUUCGCGCCGAAUUGGCCGCUUCACGGCCAAAAAAGGCUCGCUCCGCUCGCCAAGAGCUCGACUUGUAGCAAGUCUAGGAAAGGCCUAGAAAGACAAUACCUUGUUUGCUAAGAAGCGUUCUCCGAAAAAACAGCUCGCUCGGAAUUCUGAGGCGUAGUCUACUUAUUCCAAUACAAGAAGUGAAAAAGAAAGUCAGGACAAGUUCCAGCUUGAUUCUGGAGAGAGAAUUUCGUCGGCAAGCAAUUAAAGGCUCCACUAUAACAGAGCAAGAGAAAUCUCGAGCUGUAAACGGAAAGAAAGUUUGCUCCAAAGCCACGUUUACAAAAAUUGCCCUAUUUGGCGAGAUUAUGGCUGUCAUGACUAGAGUAAACAAGAGGAAGAGUGCUUAAGGGUUUUAAAGCUCUGCUUCUAGAGUUAAGAAAGCAAGUAAAAAAAAUUAUCUUAGUCAUCAAAAUGAUUUCUUUUACUUGCUUUCUUAACACUAGUGUCGAUCCUUUUUCCAGGAAAAAAAGUACUGUACUUGUGAUUCCAACUAUUGAGAAACAACGGUUUGCUAAAAAAAAAAGGGUGCGGAGCACGAAUAGACUAGGUUGUCAGGAGCAUACCUGACUGUAAGCCAGUUAAGCGUGGGUUAAAAGAUUUUUGGGUGAUUUUUUUUUCGAAUGGCCAAAUUGAAAAAGAGUCACAAUCUUUUUUUGUGUGUUUUCAUUUUCCAAGUGCUUGCCAAGGGUAUCAUUGAUGGCAUGCAGCUCGUCAAGACAGAUCCCUGCUGCACUCCUUCACUCUAGUUUUACAUUUAAAGUAUAGACAGAUGUCACAAGACUGCACGGGCAGACAGGCCACGCCGAGUCUCGCCGCGUCUCGCCGCGUCUUGGCUUUAGUAACUAGAGAGUUUUAGAUCGAGUUUACCGCGAACCUUUAACCGCUGAAGGUCACGUGACAAGUCUUUCGCGUCACGUUUGAGGUUUACGACGUGCGUUUUCAACGUGGGGAGGUAGGUUUUCACGUAGGUCAUUUACCUGAAAUCUUUUAGCGUAUAAUUCUUGUUUUAUCUCACGUAAUGAUACAAACAUCUUGUGGACCAAGUCUUUAUCCAUUAACAGAGGCACAAAUUCGGGCGAAAUGCUAAAUCUGAUAAAUCCUAUUGGAUCUUGAAAACAAGUGCCAUUCAUGGCUGCUGAUUCAAAAUGGCGGCCGUAAAUUUGCAAGAAGAACUAAUGUGAGAAUUUACAGUUCUUUGCUGCUACAUCACACAGUGUUACCGUAAAUUUCUUUUAUUUUCACUGAUUGAUAUUUCUUCUAUUUCUAAAUGGAAAAAAAAACCAGAAUCCACUUCUUUAAUCUACAGCCAAUCUAAAUCGAAGUAUGUUUGAACGUCGAAUCGCAAACGGGUAACCGCAAACCGCGGUUCGAGGUUCGCGGUAAUCUCCGAUCUAAAACUCUCUACUGUCUUUGUGUCAACGUCUACUAUGCAAGUAGAGGCACGCUCUGCGCUCCCGCUUUUACAUGCGUACAGUUACACGCGUAUCGAUACAGACAAGGUGGUCCAGGAGUUUUGCACCAGGAGACCCCGCAGUUUGGUAUUUGAAUUCUGAACACAUGUACGGAAACCUUCCUUGAGCCAAAAGGACAAUCUCGACCCCAGUGCUUACCCUUCUGACUCCGCGCGUAAGCUCUUCCUCCCUGGCCUUCAUGUGCAGAAGAGCUCUGUGGUCGAUAUUGCUCCUUUAACUGUUCAUUCGGCCUUACAUUUAAAAAUGCCAUUGUGAAACAGCUUACGUAAAAUGAUUGUAACUUAGCUAAAGUUACUUUACGGCCUGUAAAACCCCGGGUUCGACGCCAGUCAAAUGACUGUCAGGAUCGCUUGUCCAGAACUUGGUUCCAGUCUCCCAAACAAGAAGAUAUAGAAUAAAAAUCUUUUUAGCUUUUUUUUCUUGAUACGUACUGUUAAUUAUGGAUCCUAAUUUUUUCCCAUCGCUUUAUGGCUGCGAGCUUCUCGAAGUUCCUAAUUUUGGCGUCCGAGUCUUCUUCAUUCAAAAGACGUGUGUUCCUUUAGACAGAAGAUAAAAAGAUAAAAUUUGAACUAGGAAAUAACUUCCUGUUUUUGACAUACUUUGCUUUGCUCUUGCCUACAGUGGAACCCUCCUUACGACUACCUCAGUAAUAUGGUCACCUUGUUAUUACGGCCACGUCUUUUUGGCCGCCCGGCUAAACGACCAUACAUUUUCUUGUGAAAAACCCCUCGUUAAUACGGCCAAAUUUGUGUAUUUCUAUCGUUUGACCUUGGUCAAUUUUCGUUUCACGAGUUCGGUUUGCAUUGGUCAACCUCAACAUACCGCUGUUUUGCGGUUUAAUUUUGGAUUACGUUAAACUGUUUUAAUUCUCUCUCUUUUACCCGUAGAUGUUAUAUGUCUUCGCGGAAUGGCUUGGUUACUCGUCAUCUCGUUAUGUCAUCUCAACGACGUUUCCGAGAAAACAACUCUCUGAAGUCACACAGACAUUUUUGGAGGCUGGACUGACUGGGGAUACAGCUUUAGUAUUGGAAGAAAUAUAG